AACUGAGUACGAGCAUUUUAAUUUGAUUUUUUAUUUAAAAAUUUUUGUUUAUCGAUUUUCUUUACUUCAUUUACGACUUGUUUGUCGACAAGUCGGCGCUGAGGUGAAGUGGGUGUGCGCGCUCGGCACAUAGUAGAUAGCGUAUCGUCAUUUUCGCAAUAAAACCACUGUGCCUGCCAUUUAGAAUUUUAGAUGCUUUCGAAGCGAUUUGCAGUGUUGUUGCGCGUGUCUCGAGGUGAUCGCGGAUUCUCAUAGAAUUUAACACGCAAGCGAAAAAUUACUUGCGGCAGUCAAGCAGCACGAAGCAGUGAAUCGUAGGCACAUAGUGGGCGCUUAAAGGAAAUCCUUUGAAGAGACGUUGGGUGUAAAGAAAGUGAUUUCCAUUUCGUUUAGAAAGUGAUUUUGGCAAGAAUUUUGAAAAUGUUGCGCGCUUCGUUGAUGCUAAUUCUGUUGGUCUGCCUUAAUGGCUGGUGUGCGGCGCAAAUUACACUGAAAGCUGAGUUGCCGCAAUUGCCCGAUUUCAAACCAGUCUCUGAAUUGCCUGCCGAUAUACCGACCUGCGAGCAGGGUGACAUCAAUAUCAAUGAGUGCAUCAAACGCGCCUUCCUACAAAUCACACCACGACUAAAAGAUGGCAUCAAGGAUUUGAAUAUACCGCCCAUGGAUCCGUUCAUUAUUGAACGCAACAACAUUGAAGUGCGCAGCGGUUUUGCAACGGGGCGUGUGCAGGUACGUAACGUACGUAUAUUUGGCAUCAGCGAGAGCAAAGUGCAGAAGGUAGAUUACCGUAUGGAUGGCGAUAAAGUGAGCAUGGGAUUGGUUACACAACUGCCGCGUCUCUACCUUGAAGGCAACUACAAAGCGGAUAUGACGAUAAACGAAUUGAAAAUGACACCGAAGGGUUACUUCAAUGUGACUAUGACCGAUCUUGUCUUGAGCUCUGAAUCGGAAGGUGAACUUUAUGAGCGCGACGGUCACACAUAUCUGCGUUUGACAAAAUUCAAUUUUGAACCGGAAAUCGGUGAUAUGCAAAUUUAUGCCAGCAAUCUUGUGCCCGAUCCGGCAUUAAAUGCCGUUAUUUUGGACUUUGUUAAUCAAUACUGGCGUCAAGCCUAUAAAAUCAUGUUGCCACAGACGCGCAGCACUUGGGAGCCAAUGUUUUUGAGCGUUAUGAAUUCAUUUUUCGGCGCAAUACCGUUCGACUUAUUCAUUAAGAAGAACUAAAUAUUAUUAAAAAAUACUCAGGGAAAUAUUAUAAUUAUUAAUUGUAAAUAAAAAUAUAAAUAGUAUUAAGUGUAUAAAAUAAUAAAUUUAUAUUUGUUUAUAUAUUUGAUUGCGAAAUGUUUUUCUUUAUAUAUCUACUUACAAAUAAAGUGUACAAGUAUUACAAUGCUUUUGAAAAUA